AACAUGCCCGAGCAACUGACACACUAUGGUAGCAAGUUUAGCGGCUAUGCUCAUAAGACGGGCAUAGCACUGGAAGAAGCGAAAGCGCAAUACACGCACGUCGAGAUCGAUUUCACGAAUAAGCCUGAUUGGUUUGUCAGCAUCAACCCCGCAGGCAAGAUUCCUGCGAUCGUAUACGGUGGUGCUGCAGCACCUGCCGACAAGCCCUCUCCCGAGUCUACGAAGCUCGCCGAGUCCGCCGUUCUCCUCGAGUUCAUCGCGGACCUCUACCCCGACUCUGGCCUCAUGCCCUCUGACCCCGUUCAGCGCGCCAAAGUCCGCUUCUUCAACAACACGGUCGACACGGUCCUCACCCCCGCGCUGUUUGGGUGGAUGGUCGGCGGUGCACCCGCCAGCACGAUCGUCGACGCGUUCAAGAAGAUACAGGAGCUGCUCCCCGAGAACGGACAGUUCGCGGUCGGCGACCGGUUCACGAUCGCGGAUGCGAGUGUCGCACCGCUGUAUGUGCGUAUUGUGCUCUUGGCUGAGAAAGGUCUUCCGGGGAAGGAGCAGGCGGCUGGGGUUCUGGAGGCGCUCAGCUCGCCUGAGCUCGCCAAGUUCAAGGCAUAUGGAGACAGACUGGCCGAGCGUCCGAGCGUUAUUUCGGCGUGGGACAAGGAAAAAUCGCUCGCCUACCUUACGAUGGCGAUACAAGGAGCCAAGGCAGCCAAGUGAUUCGGUGUACAUGUUCAUGUCGUUGUAUGAUAGUCAGGAAAACUGUUUCAUACAUCGCGGACCUUCGGGGUUUUGUAUCAAAAGCAUGCAGAAAUAUGAAUACGAAAGGCGCUUGGAGAAACAAGGUGAUAACAUAUCUCCGUCCGUGAUU